AAUCGAUACCGCAAUCGACUUACAAUCGAAUUUCACAGCCGGGGAGAUUUUUGCUAGAAAUUAAAGUAGAAUUUAAUCAAAUAAAAUGAAUCGAGUGAAGACCACACAGUCCAAGACUGGCGAAAUCAUCGCCUACAGCGAGAGCGCCAUCCGGAACAACAUAUCCGCCGUGGAGUACUGCCGCACAUCGAUGGCCGCCAUCUCGGGCUGCGCUGCGGGUAUUCUGGGCCUGAGUGGCACGUUGGGAUUCCUCUUCUACUUUCUGUCCGUGUUCGUGCUCUGGAUCCUGGUGCUCGUGAAAUCGGGCACCCAGUGGCGCAAGUUCUUCAUUAACCGCAGAAAUCUGCUGACCAAUCAGUUCAUGGGCGGCCUUUGCACCUACGUGCUCUUCUGGACAUUCCUCUAUGGCAUGGUGCACGUGUAUUAGCGCAUUUACAAAUCAAACACAUUAAUAGCGAAAUAAACAUAGGAUCUUUGGUUUAACACAA